AUGGAAACAAAUGUCAAGAAAAAGAAUGUGAACAAAACCUGUAAUGCUCUGCCAAGUGCUGGGGAGGCCGCUGCUAGUGUCUCUAGCAUCUUGCCUUCAGAGCAGGUGUCAGAUUUUUCCAGAAUUUUGCCUGAAGUAGUACAUCGAGAAGCUGGACCCCAGAAAAGACGACCAAGCACUGCAAUAAUAUCAAAACGGUCAGUUUCUUCAAACAUGUCUCGGAUGCCACUGAAUCGGCCCAUCAUCCCACCGAGAAGACCUUGCUUCAGGGUAUGCUAUAUCUGUGGCAGAGAAUUCGGGUCACAGUCUAUUUCUAUACAUGAACCCCAGUGCCUAGAGAAGUGGCACAUUGAAAACAAUCAGCUACCAAGGCAUCUCAGAAGAGCAGAGCCCAGGAAACCUGAGGUCAUUACUGGUGGUUCCUGUAUGCUUACAGCUGAAAAUGAGGCAGCUUAUCAUAGUGCUCAAGCCCAGCUCCUGCCCUGUGGAAACUGUGGCCGAACCUUCCUUCCUGACCGUCUCAUUGUGCACCAAAAGUGUUGCAGAGGAGGUAGUAGCAGUGUGGGGCUGUCAAGCUCUAGCCCCCAUAAAUCUGGUAAAGGCCCAAGCUCUGGGUCUGGCUCAGCAAGUGAUGAUCCAUCUAAGACCUGUCAAGGAAAGAGCAGGGCUGCACCAGCCGUGUUAGACAAGGCACAAGUGAUAAGACGGCCACCAGCAGUGAUUUGUUACAUAUGUGGCCGUGAAUACGGAACAAAAUCUGUUAGUAUCCAUGAGCCACAAUGCCUGAAAAAAUGGCACCAGGACAAUGACAAGCUACCCAAGCACUUGAGAAGGCCAGAGCCCAAAAAGCCUGAAGUCAGUCACAUACAAGCCAAAGGUUUCUAUGAUCUUGAUUCUUUAAAUGAGGCUGCCUGGAUCAGCGCCCAGAACCAGCUAGUUCCAUGUGAUAUUUGUGGGCGUACUUUUCUUCCAGACAGACUGAUCGUCCACCAGCAGUCCUGUAAACCGAAACCUGCAACGUGA